AUGAAUUCGAACGAAGUAUUGAAAGGCCAGCGAGCGCUGGUCACCGGUGGCAGCAGCGGCAUCGGCCGGGCGAUCGCCGAGGCCUUGAUCGCCCAGGGCGCCUCGGUGAUGGUGACCUCGCGCAACGAGCGCCGCUUGACGACCGCGGCCGAGGAUCUCGGCUGUGAGUACGUUGCUGGCGAUGUCGGCGCACCAGAAGACGCCGAGCGCAUCGUCGAAACGACCGCCGAGAAGCUCGGCGGCCUCGACAUCUUGAUCAACAACGCUGGCUUCGGCACCUUUGCACCGCUGCUAGCUACCGAGCUGGAAGACUUCGAAGCGGUGCUGCAGACCAAUGUGAUCGGCGCAUUCUUGAUGGGCAAGGUCUGCGCCGGUCGCUUCGUUGACCAGGGCUCGGGGGCGAUCGUCAACAUCGCUUCGACCGCCGCCACCAAAGGCUUCCAGGGCGGCACAGCGUAUGCCGCUUCGAAGUUCGCCCUACGUGGCAUGACCGAGUGCUGGCGCGAAGAGCUCCGCCGCUACGACGUGCGGGUCCACCUGAUCAACCCCAGCGAGGUGAUUACCGACUUCGCCCAGGUCGCCGGCUACGACCAAGAGGUCAACGACAAGAAGCUUCGCCCCGAGGACAUCGCCCACGCCGUGGUCGCGGUGUUGAGCAUGAACCCGCGCGGGUUCAUACCGGAGCUAGGAGUGUUCGCCACCAAUCCGUUCUGA